UGGAAGUCAAACCUCACUAUCCACCAGAGAACACACACAGCAAAGAAUCUUUAUGAAUGUAACGUGUGUGGAAAGUCUUUUGCCAAGAAGGCAUGCCUUACUAUCCACGAGAGAACACGUAUUAGAGAGAAACCUUAUGAAUGUAACAUUUGUAGAAAAUCUUUCACCUGCAAGUCAUAUCUUACUGACCACCACAGAACACACACAGGAGAGAAACCUUAUGAAUGUAAUAUGUGUGGAAUCUUUCACCCAGAUUCUCACCUUACUAUCCACCGGAGAACACACACAGGAAAGAAACCUUAUGAAUGUAACAUGUGUGGAAAGUCUUUCACCCAGAAGUCAACACUCACUGUCCAUCAGAGAAGACACACAGGAAAGAAACCUUAUGAAUGUAACAUGUGUGGAAAGUCUUUCACCCAGAAGUCACCACUUACUGUCCACCAGAGAAGACACACAGGCGAGAAACCUUAUGAAUGUAAUGUGUGUGGAAAGUCUUUCACCCAGAAGCUACACUUAACUGUCCCCCAGAGAACACACAUUGGAGAGAAACCUUAUGAAUGUAACAUGUGUGGAAAGUCUUUCACCAAGAAGUCAAACCUCACUGUCCACCCGAGAACACACACAGGAAAGAAACCUUAUGAAUGUAGCUUGUGUGGAAACUCUUUCACCCAGAAGUCAACUCUCACUGUCCAUCAGAGUAUACACACAGGAAAGAAACCUUAUGAAUAUAACGUGUGUGGAAAGUCUUUCACCCAGAAUUCAAACCUUACUGUCCACCAGAGAAAGCACACAGGAAAGAAAUCUUAUGAAUGUAACGUGUGUGGAAAGUCUUUCACCCAGAAUAUACACUUUACUGUCCACUGGAGCACACACACAGGAGAGAAACCUUAUGAAUGCAACCAGUGUAGAAAGACCUGGAGGUCACAGCUUAACACACAUAAGUUG